GUCAGUCAGUCAGGCUUCGAGCAGAGUCUACACGUUGUAUUUCAGACUAUGGUUUAAGUGUAUAAACUAUAUUGUUUAAUCAUGGCUUGUGGUGGCUUUGUUUGCUCCAAAACGUGUCUCUGCAUCUUGAACCUCAUUUACGUGUUGGUCAGUCUUCUGUUGAUUGGUGUGGCAGCCUGGGGAAAAUGGUUUGGGCUGGUCUCUAGUUUCAGUGUAAUGGGUGCUGUAAUCGCCGUUGGAUUGUUUCUCUUCAUCGUGGCCAUUAUUGGACUGUGUGGAGCUGUGAAGCAUCAUCAAGUCCUCUUGUUCUUUUACAUGUUUAUUCUUUUCCUGGUAUUCAUAGUGCAGUUUUCUGUAUCAUGUGCCUGCUUAGCCAUUAAUAAAGAACAACAGAACCUUCUGCUUGAGAUUGGAUGGAAUAAGUCUGAAUCAAUGCAGAGUGAUUUGGAAAGAUCGUUGAACUGUUGCGACUUCCUUCAGGUUGACUACAGUGGAUCCUGUGAAGCUACCUGUUUCAAGGAAAAAACAUGUAAACCAUGUUCAGUAAUAAUCCAAGCAUAUGCUGACGACGCUCUGCAGUUUGUCGGGGGAAUCAGCCUGUUUUUCAGUUUUACAGAGAUUCUAGGUUUCUGGCUAGCAUACAGAUACAGGAAUCAGAAGGAUCAUCGACAAAAUCCUGGCGCUUUCGUUUAACGUAUAUAAAUAUUCAAGACUGAUUUAUUGUUGAAUGGACUUUUUUUUCGUUGUUUCUGAAUCUUAAUGGUUUUGCUGUGCUGUUUCUAUCAAUAGCAAACCCCAUUACUUGAUUUUUCUAGGAUACAAUAACAAAUGAAGCGUUCUGUUGACCUUUAUUAUAUUUAUUUGUGUAACAGCCAUAAUGAUAGAUUUGGUAAAGUAUAGCAUUACAGAUUGUGCAAGUAGGUUAACUGGGCUUGAACUUUGAUCCCAAUUCGACAACUCUUACUAAGAUAAAGAGCUGCUAAAUAAACAAGACCUUAAAAGAAACUCAUCUCAUUUCAGACUGAAAAAACAAACUAGCAUUUCUAAGGAACCCUCAUGUCUUUUCUGCAUAAUACAACAAACAAUACUGGGCAGCACUGUGGCUCAGUGGUUAGCACUGUCACCUCACAGCAAGGAGGUCAAUGGUUCAAGGCAUUUUUGUGUUUGCAUGUUGGUGUGGGUUUCUUCCAGGUGCUCUGGUUUCCCCCACAGUCCAAAGACAUGCGCUAUAGAUGAAUUGAAUAAACUAAAUUCAAGUGUAUCUGUCUGCGGACUGCAAGACAAGGGUGUAACAUGAAGGGUAGUAACUUGCAGUUAUCGAGAUCCCAUUGAAUCAUGCGAGAUGUCACAACAAGAUGUUGUUGACAAGAUGACUGAAAUGCUUACCGGAGAAGAUUUUCCCCAAAUGUUUUCAUGAAUUUUUUCCAAAUGUAUCCACAGCCCUUUCAUUUGAUAUAUUAUUCUAUUCAUUAAUUUAACAGCUCCACUUACCAACUGCUUUCUCCGUUUUGUCAUGACAGUUUGCCUACUCAGCGUAGCCCCCUGUGGUUGCAAAUAACAGUACAAUGGUGAGCAUUUCAGGUAUGAAAGCUGCAAUUCACGGGCGGCUGUAUGUUAAUAUCUGUGAUGGUUAUAGAUUAAGGGUUGUGGUAGGUAUAGACGUUAGUAGCUUUGAUGGUUGGGUUUAAGUUUGGGGAAGGUGUAGACCAGGGGUCGAGAACCUUUUUUCAGCAAAGAGCCAUUUCAGAUUUUUUUUGGCAAAUGUAUUAUUUGCGCAAGGUUACCAUAGAAAUUUAAGUUGCAUGCCCUUUAUUGGUCUCGCGAUUCAAGUUAAUCCACAGCACCGCACACGUGCAUUGGUUAAAACUUCCUUUAUUCUUAUUCAUUUAGCUGUAAAUACAAUAAUUUAUACAAUAAUAAAAUAUACAAUAAAACUUUUAUUGUAUUUUCAAUAGAAAACUGAUUUUUAGUGACAGUUUUAUUUUAUUUUUUUAUUGAAGGGAGACAGCUGGAGAGCCACAUAUUUUUGGUCAAUGAGCUACAUGUGGCUUCCCAGCCAUAGGUUCCUUACCCCUGGUGUAGACAUUAAUAACGAUGAUUGUGGGGUAGGUAUAAACGUAAUAACUGAUGGUUUGGGGAAGGUGUAGACGUUAAUAAUGAUGAUGGUUGGAUUAAUGGUUUGGUAGGUAAAAUAUAAUAACGUGGGUCUCCAUAACUUCAAGAGACGUUACACCUAACGUUCUACAAGUUACUCCCCUUCAUGUUACACCCCUGUCUUGCAUCUCGCAGACCAACACCAUUCACUAAAUUGACCAUAGUGUAUGAGUAUGUGAGGGUGUAUGGAAGUUUCCUAGUACUGGGUUGCAGCUGGAAGGGCAUCCGCUGUGUAAAACAAAUGCUGGAAUGGUUGGUGGUUCAUUCCACUGUGGAAUCAGAGACUAAGUCGAAGGAAAAUGAAUGAGUAUUGGCCAUUUCCUCAUCUGGGAGUUUCUGUCUUCUGCUGAACACAAAAGAAGAUGUACUGAAGAAUGUUGUAAACAAAAGGACAUUGUCUUCCAUAAUAUUUUGAUGUCAAUAGAUGUUUUAUCCACCUAGUUCAUGACAUUUUGGAUUACCGCAUUAAAAAUACUUAAUGGAAAUACCAUUUAGUUUGUAAUGCACAUUAUAUGGUUUAAUUGUUCAUUCUUUGUUUUUGUUUUCCUUACUGACACAUUGGAUAGAAACAAAGCUUUAAUCAAAAAUGUUUCAUGCAAUUUGCCAAUUUUGCACACAAGCCUAGUUCACAUAUUUGGAUGGCAUUAUAGCCUAUGGCUGCUUUUUUACAACAUUCAAAACAUCUUGUUUUGUGUUCAACAGAAGAAAUUCCUAAAAGUUUAGAACCACUUGAGUGUGCCGAAAUGUUCAACUUUUGAGUGAACUAACCCUUUAAGCUCAGUUGCUCCAGACUCUAAAUAAUGAACUUGCACAAUGAAACUUAAACUACACCCAACCCCUUUCCACAUUAUUCUGUUCAGGAUACAACCAGGAAAUUCUACAUGGUCUGUUUGUAUUUCCCCAUAUUAGCAAAUGGUGUGGCACUCCUGCUUGUCCAGCUGGUUUUCCACAGAAUACGUUCUGAUAUCCUCAAGUCUAGUGCUUCCCUCUGCUGGCUGCAGUGAAAACAUACCAGACAGAGUCAUCUGCAUUUUUACAUUACGGGAAAACACCUGCAUGAGGAUAAAUAGGAGUAAAAAAAAAAUUAUUUUAACAGAUUGAUUUUUAUAUAUUUUUAUAUUAAUAUUGUCCAAUGUUAUGCACUAUGCUUGUACAAUAUACGGUCACACUUAUUCUGAUGUCCCAUUUGUUGAUUUUGAGUUACAUUGCAUCUACAUGCCAACUAAUUCUCAUUAGAUUAUAAGUAGACUGUUAAGUUGGGGUUAGGGUUAAUAAAAGUUGACAUGUACUUGAAGGUUUUUUAUUGUCAGUAAAAUGUCUGUUUAAGGAGCAGUAUCAACAGAGAUUAAGCAGCCUGUCUACUAAUGCUCAAAUAGACCAUCAAAAUAAAGUGUUACCCAAUAUAUCUUACUAAUUUAGUGUUUAGGUUUUUGAGGUAAUUUUAAGCAUGUCAAAAUACAAAUGUGAAAAACAAAGAAGCUAAAUUUUUGCAUAGACGUCUUGCGUUGAAUGAAAUUCAUAUGUUGACUAUGUCACUGACUUAUGUUGUUGUUUUUAUUCAUAUUAAGCAUAUUAAUUAAACGUUAAUGCUAACAACAUGUUUAAUUAUGUGUUUAGACUGUUUAAUAGCUGUUUAAUAAUGUCUGUUUGCAUCUACGUUGAAUACAAAACCAUAUAAAUCCAUUUUUAAUAUAUAUGUUUGCAGAGGUUUAUAUUGGUAUAUACUGUAGCUGUGGCCAGUCAAAGAUAAAGGGGGUUUCAAGCAUUAAUAAAAAUACUAAUAAACAAUAAAACUGUCAUAAA